AUGGAACCGUCCGUGCUAUCUUUCAAGAAAUUAUCAGAUGAUAACUUCAAACAAUGGCGCUUCAACAUGCAGAUGCUAUUGGCAGAAAGGGGUCUUUGGGGUUUUGUAUCUCCCGACCAAGAGGAUGCUGAGACGCCCCCUGAUGAAAAGGCGACUUCCAAGGAGCUAAAUCAGUAUAGGAAAGACCAACAACGAGCCUUCGCCACAAUAGUGCUGGGUUUGGAGGAGGAGCAGAAAGGUCUAGUACAAAAUUGCAAGAGUGCGAAAGAGGUAUGGGAUGUUUUGAGAAGCACCCAUGAGCCAGCCUCAAGAGCAAUUGCCCAACUGCGACAAACAUUCCUCAGCUUGCGAUUGGAACCCGGGGAAAAUGCAAUAGAUGUGGGAUAUUUGGACACCUAG